AUGGAAAUACACUGUAAGCACGACCCGUUUGCAUCCAUGCAUAGACAUGGAGGAGUGAAUCAGCUUGGGGGGGUUUUUGUGAACGGACGGCCACUCCCGGAUGUAGUCCGCCAAAGGAUAGUGGAACUUGCUCAUCAAGGUGUCAGGCCCUGCGACAUCUCCAGGCAGCUUCGAGUCAGCCAUGGUUGUGUCAGCAAAAUCCUCGGCAGGUAUUAUGAGACGGGGAGCAUCAAGCCUGGGGUAAUUGGAGGAUCCAAACCAAAGGUUGCCACACCCAAAGUGGUGGAAAAAAUCGCUGAGUAUAAACGCCAAAAUCCCACCAUGUUUGCCUGGGAGAUCAGGGACCGGCUGCUGGCGGAACGGGUGUGUGACAAUGACACGGUGCCCAGCGUCAGUUCCAUCAACAGGAUCAUCCGGACAAAAGUACAGCAGCCACCCAACCAGCCGGUCCCAGCUUCCAGUCACAGCAUAGUGUCCACCGGCUCCGUGACGCAGGUGUCCUCGGUGAGCACGGACUCAGCCGGCUCCUCCUACUCCAUCAGCGGCAUCCUGGGCAUCACAUCCCCCAGCGCCGACACCAACAAGCGCAAGAGAGAUGAAGGUAUUCAGGAGUCUCCUGUGCCGAACGGUCACUCACUGCCGGGCAGAGAUUUCCUCCGGAAGCAGAUGCGGGGAGACCUGUUCACGCAGCAGCAGCUGGAGGUGCUGGACCGCGUGUUUGAGAGGCAGCACUACUCGGACAUCUUCACCACCGCCGAGCCCAUCAAGCCCGAGCAGACCGCUGAUUAUUCCACCAUGGCCUCGCUGGCUGGAGGGCUGGACGACAUGAAGGCCAACCUGACCAACCCUACCCCUGCCGACAUCGGGAGCAGCGUGCCGGGGCCGCAGUCUUACCCCAUUGUGACAGGCCGCGACUUGGCGAGCACGACCCUCCCCGGGUAUCCUCCGCAUGUCCCCCCAGCCGGACAGGGCAGCUACUCAGCGCCGACACUGACAGGGAUGGUGCCUGGGAGUGAGUUUUCCGGGAGCCCCUACAGCCACCCUCAAUAUCCCUCGUACAACGACUCCUGGAGGUUCCCCAACCCGGGGCUGCUUGGCUCCCCGUACUAUUACAGCGCCGCUGCCCGAGGAGCCGCCCCACCCGCAGCUGCCACGGCCUACGACCGUCACUGA